GAGAAGAAAACCAAGAGAGAGAUUAUUAUCCUCAAGAAAGUAUAUUAUCCGAAUAUUAUCGGUUUGCUUGAGAUUAUUAACAACCCGAAGUUACAGAAGAUAUAUCUGGUCCUGGAAUAUACUGAGCUGGGAAAGGUACAUUACGUCUUCGAAGAUGAAUUUUCCUAUAUUCCCUGCUUCACGAUUAACCUGGCGAGAUCGGCAUUUAGAGACACCGUACUGGGAUUAGAGUAUCUGCACUAUGAAGGGAUUAUCCACCGAGAUAUCAAGCCUGCCAAUCUAUUGUGGACCAAAGAUUAUUGUGUGAAGAUCGCGGAUUUCGGGGUCUCGUACUUAUUCGCAGGAUGCUGA